UCCUGGCCGCUAGGUGGCGCUGACGGUCUGUGGUUGCAAACGUCGUUUACGUCUUUCCUCUGUCGCUGCGGUGGAGUUUAGACUUUGAAAGUGUAAUUCAUGCUGACUUUAAUCAUGAAGAAAGAAGCAGUGCAGGCAGCAGCCAAGGAGUUUCUGCAGUUUGUCAACAAAGGAGUCUCUCCGUAUCAUGUGGUGGAGGAGUGCAGGCGGCGCCUCCUGGAGGCCGGCUUCACCGAGCUGAAGGAGACKGAGCAGUGGGACAUCAAGCCAGCCAGCAAGUAUUUUGUGACAAGGAAUUUCUCCAGCCUGAUCGCUUUUGCCGUGGGAGGAAAGUACCUUCCAGGAAAUGGCUUCUCCAUGAUCGGAGCGCACACCGACAGCCCCUGCCUCAGGGUGAAGCCACGCUCCAAGAGGACGAAGCAGGGCGUGCUGCAGGUGGGCGUGGAGUGCUACGGCGGCGGCAUCUGGAACACCUGGUUCGACCGAGACCUGACUGUGGCCGGCCGCAUCAUGGUGAAGGUAGUUCAGCCUGCGAGCAGCAGGGGGCGCCAGAGCUCCGGYCUGCUGCACUGUGAAAGGAGAAAUUGUUUCAGGGUUCCCAUCCUCGGCACGGCGGUCCAGGAGGAGCUGGAGACCGGGUCGUCUUCGUCUGGAGACACUUCCUCUGCCGCCAACACGGCUGACAAGCACCACCCUGCCCUGGUCAGGGUUCUGUGUUCGGAGCUGGGCGUUCAGCCAGACUCUCUGCUGGACUUCGAGCUAUGUCUGGUCGACACGCAGCCGGCGGCUCUAGGAGGAGUCUACGAGGAGUUCAUUUUCUCUCCCCGUCUGGACAACCUGCACAGCUGCUACUGCGCACUGCAGGGCCUACUGGAGUCCUGCGGAGCCGACUCUCUGACCUCUGACCCCAACAUCAGGAUGAUAACUCUGUUCGACAACGAGGAGGUGGGGUCAGAGAGCGCCCAGGGUGCGCAGUCCAACCUGACGGAGCUGAUCCUCAGCCGGCUGGCCGCCUCCGCCAGCAACCCCAGCGCCUUCCAGCAGGCGGCGCCGCGCUCCUUCAUGAUCAGCGCCGACAUGGCGCACGCCAUUCACCCCAACUACACGGAGAAGCAUGAAGAGAACCACCGGCCAGCUUUCCAUAAGGGCCCCGUCAUCAAGUUCAACAGCAACCAGCGCUACGCCACMACCGCCGUCACCGCCUGCGUGGUCCGUGAGGUGGCGAGCCGCGUCGGCGUGCCRCUGCAGGAUGUGAUGGUGCGUAACGACAGCCCCUGUGGGACCACCAUUGGCCCCAUCCUGGCGGCGCGGCUGGGUGUUCCCGUGGCCGACAUCGGAGCGCCGCAGCUGGCCAUGCACUCCAUCCGGGAGAUGUGCUGCACCUCCAGCGUGCUGCAGAGCACCGCCCUGUUYAAGGGUUUCUUUGAGCUGUUUCCAUCCAUCAGGAACUCGCUGGUCGUCGAUUGAGGACAGAACGACCUCGGCUCUCCACUUCCUGUUGAUGACGGGAAGUCACUCUGAUUUUAUCAGAUUUUAUUGAUCAGCUUCAGAAAUAAAGUUGAUUAAUCUGGA